CAGAGAGGCAGGAGAAGGAUGCGGGGGGCUAAAUGGGACUGCUGUGGGUCCUCUCCUUUCUCCAGUCCACCUUCUUCGGGGAUGAGGCAAUGGAAGAGCUGAAGAUGUCUGGAUCCAUUGCGUCCUACGACCAACUGGUGAAGCAGGUGGAGGCAUUGAAGAAAGAGAAUACACAUCUUCGCCAGGAGUUGGAAGAUAACUCCAACCAUCUCUCCAAGCUAGAAAAUGAAACUUCUGAUAUGAAGGUGGUUUUGAAGCAUCUGCAGGGGAAACUGGAACAGGAGGCCAAGGUGAUGGUGUCUUCGGGACAAAUGGAGGUUUUAGACCAGCUAAAAGCCCUGCAGAUGGACAUCACCAGUUUGUACAACCUGAAAUUCCACCCUCCAGCCCUGCUUCCUGAGCCCGUCUGCCAGGACCAGAGUCCGGAGCAGAGUCUGUCCCAUUCGGCCUCUCUCCAAAGGAAGGACAACAUGGGAGAUCUGGGCCGGGCCACCAUUCGACUCUUGGAAGAGCUGGACAGGGAGAGAUGUUUUCUGUUGAGUGAGAUUGAAAAGGAGGAAAGAGAGAAACUCUGGUAUUACACUCAACUGCAAAGCCUCUCUAAGCGGCUGGAUGAACUUCCCCAUGUGGAGACGUUUUCCAUGCAGAUGGACCUGAUCCGCCAGCAGCUGGAAUUUGAAGCCCAGCACAUCCGGACACUCAUGGAGGAGCGCUUUGGGACAACCGAUGAAAUGGUGCAAAGAGCCCAG